AUGGCUCCUGAGCUGCCUCGCAUCUUCUUGCUCCCAACUCACUUACAAGCAGACGAGCUGCGUGAGUUGGAGGCGAUAAUCCCUACGCUGACGCAUGAUGUUCACGAGGCCAAAGUUAUUCUAGGAAAGAUAUCUAGACCUGAGCGUGCUCUUUUUGAGCUGAGGCGGCUUAAGCUUGCGACGGAACCGGUGGCUCUGGAGGAAGCUGGAAGAGAAGAAGUUGGUGACAAGCGUGGGCGAAGUGAAGCAUCAGAGGUUCCGUCUAAGCGCCGGAGGCUAUCGAGAUCAGAGAGUACAGAAAUCCGAGAGGAAGAGAAUCCUAGUGGCAUUUGGAAUUUGUUGAGAGGUCCAGGGGAUAUCGUUUUGGUGCUUAAACUGGCUUGGCUUUUCGAUUGCCUCGAACAAGAUGUCGCACCGCCCGCUGAUGACUAUUUGCUUUAUCGAGGGCGCAAACUCAAGGAGAAUGAAGCAGCCAAAUCAGCCGCAGCAGUGCUCGCCCGAGCCAUGGAGGACCGGCAAAGCGUCAUCGACAGUCCACAUUCGAAGCGGACAACAAGACCAGGAACUGGCUCCUCAAACGCCUCCGACGGGCGAUCGCAUGCUGAACCGCCGAAGCUGUACCACGAGACGACCUCUGAGCACGAUGUUCCUCUGCCGCCAAUUCCCGACUUUCUUCAUACCACGUAUUCGUGUCAAAGACCAUCUCUUGUAGACCCGCCGAAUGCUGCAUUUAUCGCGGAACUCAAGGCUAUUCGUACACUGCGGCUUCUACGAGGAGAUCAGGUGGGUGUUAGGGCCUACUCUACUUCGAUAGCCUCCCUUGCUGCAUAUCCAUAUGCUUUACAGCGACCACAGGAAAUUGAAAGGUUGCCAGGAUGUGGUCCCAAGAUUGCAAAGCUAUAUCAACAAUGGACGAGUAAUGGCUGUACCGAUGAGACUAGCACGGCUAAAACAGACACUGAGCUCAUCGUACUGAAGACGUUUUACGAUAUUUGGGGAGUGGGAGAUAUCACUGCUCGUCAAUUCUUUAAGAAGGGCUGGCGAGAUCUUGAUGAUAUUGUAGAGCAUGGCUGGAAUUCACUGAGUCGGGUGCAGCAAAUUGGUGUAAAAUUCUACGACGAGUUCCAGCUCAAGAUCCCACGGCAAGAGACAGAGGCCAUUGCCAGUGUCAUACUCGCCCAUGCACACCGAGUCGACCCAGGUUUCCAAAUGGCCAUUGUGGGCAGUUAUCGACGAGGCAAACCUACAAGUGGCGACGUUGAUGUGGUCUUGAGCCAUCCCGAUGAAACUCAAACACUCGACAUCAUUGAGAAGCUUGUUACUAGCUUAGAAAAGAGCAGCUUCAUUACGCACACCUUGAGCGUAUGGACAAAGAAUAGCGAGCGCGGACAGGCUCCCGUGGCGUGGAAAGGCGAGGGUCGCCCUGCAGGAUCAGGAUUCGAUACGCUAGACAAGGCCAUGGUGGUUUGGCAGAACCCCGAGGAUCACAAUGGUCCGCACCGAAGAGUCGACAUCAUCAUCAGCCCUUGGAAGACGGCUGGGUGCGCAAUCCUUGGAUGGAGCGGAGAAACAACAUUCCAGCGGGAUCUUCGACGCUACUGCAAGGCAAAGAUGGGAUUCAAGUUUGAUAGCAGCGGUGUUCGGAAUAGGGCAGACGGGUCGUGGGUGGAUCUCGAGAGUUCCGAGCGAGGCCCGGCCCCGGACAUGGAAACGGCAGAGAGGCGUGUGUUUGAGGGGCUUGAUCUGGAAUGGCGACCUCCGACAGAGAGGUGUACGGGGUGA